GUCCUUCAAACCUCCUCCUUUUCACCUUCAUCCUUAACUUUGUGCUAGACCGGGACCCACACAACAACAGCCGACCCUCCCCCCUUUCCCCCCCAAACCAGCCCUCGAUCCCAGCCCCCGGAGAGGACUCGCAUUUCGACUUGCGGGACACUUUUGUGCGUUUCUCUCCAGAGCGCCUCUCGUGCUCGCCCCUCCUGCGCUCUCUCUUUAUUACCUUCACCUCCUUUUCUCCCCCUUCUCUCCCUUUCUCCUUCUCGUUCUCUCCUGGAGUUGUUGUUGUUGCCCCCCUCGCUCCUUCUCCCCCCUUUUUUCCCCUUCCCCUCCCGGGGGUGUGUGGCAACUUUUCCCCUCGCUUCUCCUCCGUCUGUUUCCCCUUAUAUGUGACCAUGGCAGUGCCGGCGGCUUUGAUCCCUCCGACCCAGCUGGUCCCCCCUCAACCCCCAAUCUCCACGUCUGCUUCCUCCUCUGGCACCACCACCUCCACCUCCUCGGCGACUUCGUCUCCGGCUCCUUCCAUCGGACCCCCGGCGUCCUCUGGGCCAACUCUGUUCCGCCCGGAGCCCAUUGCUUCGGCGGCGGCGGCGGCCACAGUCACCUCCACCGGCGGCGGCGGCGGCGGCGGCAUCAGCGCUGGCGGCGGCGUCGCCUCCAGCACCCCCAUCAACGCGAACACCGGCAGCAGCAGCAGCAGCAGUAGCAGCAGCAGCAGCAGCAGCAGUAGUAGCAGCAGCAGCAGUAGCAGCAGCAGCUGCGGCCCCCUCCCCGGGAAACCCGUGUACUCAACCCCGUCCCCAGUGGAAAACACCCCCCAGAAUAAUGAGUGCAAAAUGGUGGAUCUGAGGGGGGCCAAAGUGGCUUCCUUCACGGUGGAGGGCUGCGAGCUGAUCUGCCUGCCCCAGGCUUUCGACCUGUUCCUGAAGCACUUGGUGGGGGGCUUGCACACGGUCUACACCAAGCUGAAGCGGCUGGAGAUCACGCCGGUGGUGUGCAAUGUGGAACAGGUUCGCAUCCUGAGGGGACUGGGCGCCAUCCAGCCAGGAGUGAACCGCUGCAAACUCAUCUCCAGGAAGGACUUCGAGACCCUCUAUAAUGACUGCACCAACGCAAGUUCUAGACCUGGAAGGCCUCCUAAGAGGACUCAAAGUGUCACCUCCCCAGAGAACUCUCACAUCAUGCCACAUUCUGUCCCUGGUCUCAUGUCUCCUGGGAUAAUUCCACCAACAGGUCUGACAGCAGCAGCUGCAGCAGCUGCUGCUGCUACCAAUGCAGCUAUUGCCGAAGCAAUGAAGGUGAAAAAAAUCAAAUUAGAAGCCAUGAGCAACUAUCAUGCCAGUAAUAACCAACAUGGAGCAGACUCUGAAAAUGGGGAUAUGAAUUCAAGUGUUGGACUGGAACUUCCUUUCAUGAUGAUGCCCCACCCCCUAAUUCCUGUCAGCCUACCUCCAGCGUCUGUCACCAUGGCAAUGAGCCAGAUGAACCACCUCAGCACCAUUGCAAAUAUGGCGGCAGCAGCACAAGUUCAGAGUCCCCCAUCCAGAGUGGAGACAUCAGUUAUUAAGGAGCGUGUUCCCGAUAGCCCCUCGCCUGCCCCCUCUCUGGAGGAGGGGAGAAGGCCUGGCAGUCACCCAUCAUCACAUCGCAGCAGCAGUGUGUCCAGCUCCCCUGCAAGGACUGAGAGCUCUUCUGACAGAAUCCCGGUCCAUCAGAAUGGGUUGUCCAUGAACCAGAUGCUGAUGGGCUUAUCACCAAAUGUACUCCCUGGGCCCAAAGAGGGGGAUUUGGCUGGUCAUGACAUGGGACAUGAGUCAAAAAGGAUGCAUAUUGAAAAAGAUGAGACCCCGCUUUCUACACCAACCGCAAGAGACAGCCUUGACAAACUCUCUCUAACUGGGCAUGGACAACCACUGCCUCCGGGUUUUCCAUCUCCUUUUCUGUUUCCUGAUGGACUGUCUUCCAUCGAGACCCUUCUGACUAACAUACAGGGGCUCUUGAAAGUUGCCAUAGAUAAUGCCAGAGCUCAAGAGAAACAGGUCCAACUGGAAAAAACAGAGCUGAAGAUGGAUUUUUUAAGGGAAAGAGAACUAAGGGAAACACUUGAAAAGCAGUUGGCUAUGGAACAAAAGAAUAGAGCCAUAGUUCAAAAGAGACUAAAGAAGGAGAAGAAGGCGAAGAGAAAAUUGCAGGAAGCACUUGAGUUUGAGACGAAACGGCGUGAACAAGCAGAACAGACGCUAAAACAGGCAGCUUCCACAGAUAGUCUCAGGGUCUUAAAUGACUCUCUGACCCCAGAGAUAGAAGCUGACCGCAGUGGCGGCAGAACAGAUGCUGAAAGGACAAUACAAGAUGGAAGACUGUAUUUGAAAACUACUGUCAUGUACUGAAUCUUUCCUGUUGAAGAAAUCCAUGUUAUAGAAAAGAACUUUGCAGUCAGACAUUCGUCAUGGGAAAGUUCAGAAAAAAUAAAGUCCUUUUAAGGGAACUUCCUGAAUUUUGUGUAUUAAUGUUCUUUAAAAGUUUAAGUAUUCUACAAAAAAAAAAAAAAAGUUUCCUCCAUUGAUUUUCACCUGUGGUUCAUACCAGAGACCUGAGAAUGUUUGUAAAUGUACAAGUAUCAAAGUUCUUACAGUUAAUUACUGCAACUUGCUGCUGGACAAUUGUAUACAGAGUUAAAGGCAGGUCUGAAAAAGACCUAGCUUUGUUUUUUUUUUUUUUUUUUUCCUAAUGGAAUGAACCAUUUUCCUCUUCUGAAAAUUCUGUAUCUGAGCACAUCAAAAGACUCUUGUAGCAGUGGUUACCCAGACUUACAGAAUUAUGUCCUCCGGAAACCAGCAAGAACACUUGGAAAGAACUUGUAGGGGGCAUAGAAGAUUCUUGAAAAAUAAAUACAAGAGUGAUAUUCUGUUACAUUCAAUUUCAAACUCUAAUUGUGGGUUUUCUCCUGAAGAAUUUUUUUUUCACAUACUUUCCAAAAGACCAACAAACGGAUGUUGACCACAACCCAAUGAAAUAACAUUUUGCGUAUCUGAAAAGAAGCAUUGAAUAUAAGCCAAAAGGUUUCGCUGAAGGUCUUUUCUUAAAAAUAAAAAAUAUAUAUAAAUGUAACAUGUUUUCAUUCCAAACUGGUAGUGGUAGAUAGACUUAAAGAUAAUAAUGUUGCUUCUUAUUCAAACUGUUGGUCAUAUGUACAGUAUAUAAACAUAAAACACACAAGGAAGGUAUUAUGUAUGCAGUAGUAUACUAGAGUUUAGGAAAAUGAAAAUUUUAGAAAAUAUGUUUUGUCACCCUGUCGGUCAGAAAGACGGCUUUCUGGUUUUAACGCAUGCAGGCAUGUAAAUAUUUGUCUGGAGUCACAGUAUUAAUGAAUGAGAUCUUAAGCAUCUGGUGGCAUCAGAACUCUGUGUCAGCCACUUUUAUUUGUAUAUUGAACCCUAGCUAGUGCCCCAAGCUGCACUAUUGGGAAUGGAUUGUGGCUGAACAGCAAAUCAAAACACCAGAAAUAUUUUUAUAUGUUAAUGUCAUAUUAUGUUAAUGUUGCUGAAAACAAAAUCUAACAAACCUUGAUGUACCAGUCCAAUACCAUGUAGCGCUGAGUGAUACAGUUAAAAUGUGCUGUGCUUCCCACCCUUGUCAGAGGGAAGGGUGGCUGUGUGUUAUUUUCACUGUCUUUUUGAAAGUUACAGUAUGUGUUUUCACUUUUGUGCAGAUAACUGGAAGUAAAGCGGCAAACAGUGCUUAUCACAUGCUAAAGUUACCUUCUCUUUGUUUUUUGCAUAUCUGGUAUUACACCUUUAAAGACUGAUAUGAAUCAGUACAGUCACUAUACAUUUUAUGAUUUUUCUGUCAUCUUAUAAUUGUAUGAUCGUAACAUUAUUUAUUACCACAAAACAGCAAAAUCUUCAAUGUCUAAGAAAACUAGCUUAAAAUGUUUAAAUAUAGUUCUGAUUGGGUAUUAAUUACUUGAUUAAGAAAAAAUUAACAUUAUAGAUCUUCUAGCAUUACGCUUCUAUACCUUUUAGGUCUUCCUUGCAAUACUGGAACAUAAUUCUUUUGUGUAGCUCACUAUUAACCAGCUAAGUUCAUUUUUUUGAUACCAUAAAAAAGUUAUAUGUAUAGUUCCUAUUUUAGCUUGCUUACAAAGGGAGCAUUAUUUUUAUUUAAAGUGUUGUUAGUAAAUGCUUUGUAGAAACUUGGUUUUCUAAGCAUAGUUCUUCCAUAACCACCUUUUGUUGUUUGAGCACAAGAGAUUAUUUUCCUAGUUCUAUGUAUUUUUUUCCCCUAUAUGCAGUCUUUAAAGGGUUACAACACUUAAAAUUGAAUGGACUUGUGUCAAGCUUUUGCAUCAUACAUUUUUUGAAAGAUUUUUUAAAAAGCCUACAACUUACAUAUGUAGUAGAAUCAGCCAUUGCUCUGCUCCUGGCAUAGAGUCACCUGUUACGUGGAUUAAAUAGUUUUAAAAUACAUACUUUGAAGACCUUUGAGAAUGCUUUAGUGUUUGAUUUGAAAUAAAAGGAAAUUUUAGCAAGGAUUAAAGAAAAAAGCUAUCAGCUGUAUGUUAAGAGAGACUCUUACUAACAUGUUGUAAAUAUGACAAUUCAUGAAAUGUUAUUGUAAGUCUGUAACUUAAUUUUUUCCCUAUUUUAGUUAUACAGGUUGGUUUGGAAAUUUGUGUUUUGGCAUAAACAAGUAAAAUGUGCCCAUUUUAUGGUUUCCAUGCUUUUGUAAUCCUAAAAAUAUUAAUGUCUAGUUGUUCUAUAUUAUAACCACAUUUGCGCUCUAUGCAAGCCCUUGGAACAGAACAUACUCAUCUUCAUGUAGGACCUAUGAAAAUUGUCUAUUUUUAUCUAUAUAUUUAAAGUUUUCUAAAAAUGAUAAAAGGUUAUUACGAAUUUUGUUGUACAAAAUCUGUACAAAAAUCUGUUUUUACAUCAUAAUGCAAGAAUUGGAAAUUUUUCUAUGGUAGCCUAGUUAUUUGAGCCUGGUUUCAAUGUGAGAACCACGUUUACUGUUAUUGUAUUUAAUUUUCUUUUUCUUUUCAACAAUCUCCUAAUAAAACUGUCUGAAAUCUC